UGGGGCCCCCGGGCAAUAGGGGAUCAUGGGGCCCCUGUGUCCUUGCCCAAACUCAAAAAAGCCUAUGAAAAAGGUACCAAGGGCAUCUCAUGGGGCCCCCUACUGACCCCGGGCCCUCGGGCAGUGCCCGAGUUUCCAAAUGGUCAGUCUGCCCCUGAUGGUAAAACAGCUUACAUAUAAGUAUUCCACUUUUCAGCUUUUACCAGUAUUUAUUUUCCUACUACAGCCAUGAUUUUCUAGUUAAGAUCUGGAA